AUGGGAACAAACGAGACAACAUGUUCAGGACCAAUGAAAGCAACCUCUAAUGGAAUUUUUCAAGGAGAGAAUCCUCUGGAUCACGCUUUGCCUCUUCUCAUACUCCAGAUCUGUAUCGUUCUUCUUCUCACUCGUGUUCUUGCUUUCCUCCUCCGUCCUCUCCGGCAGCCACGUGUCAUCGCCGAGAUAGUCGGUGGAAUAUUACUUGGACCAUCAGCACUUGGGAAAAGCUCAAAGUUUCUCAACACAGUUUUCCCACAAAAGAGCCUAACGGUUUUAGACACACUUGCAAACUUAGGACUCAUCUUCUUCCUCUUCCUUGUUGGUCUCGAGCUCGAUCCUAAAUCCCUCAAACGUACCGGGAAAAAAGCUCUCUCGAUCGCUCUAGCCGGAAUCACUCUCCCUUUUAUCUUAGGAAUCGGAACUUCAUUUGCACUACGCAGUACCAUAGCUGAUGGUGCUAGCAAAGCUCCUUUCCUUGUCUUCAUGGGCGUUGCUCUCUCCAUCACCGCUUUUCCGGUCUUGGCUCGAAUACUCGCCGAGAUUAAGCUUCUGACUACUGAUAUUGGCAAGAUUGCUUUGUCUGCUGCUGCAGUCAAUGACAUUGCAGCUUGGAUUCUCCUUGCUCUCGCGGUGGCUCUCUCGGGUGAGGGAAGCUCGCCGCUCACUUCUCUUUGGGUGUUUUUAGCGGGUUGCGGUUUCGUCGUGUUCUGUAUCUUUGUAGUGCAGCCAGGGAUAAAGUGGAUUGCUAAACGUUGCCCUGAGGGAGAACCUGUUAAAGAACUUUACGUGUGUUGCACGUUAGGUAUUGUUCUUGCUGCUAGUUUCGUCACUGACUUGAUUGGGAUCCACGCGUUGUUCGGCGCCUUUGUGAUCGGGGUAAUUUUCCCGAAGGAAGGUAAUUUCGCGAAUUCUUUGGUUGAGAAAGUUGAGGAUCUCGUGUCAGGUCUUUUCUUGCCGCUUUACUUCGUCUCGAGCGGUUUGAAGACAGAUGUGGCGACUAUUCAAGGAGCUAAAUCUUGGGGACUAUUGGUAUUGGUUAUUUUUAAUGCUUGUUUCGGCAAAAUCGUCGGUACAGUCGCUGUUUCACUUUACUGCAAAGUUCCGCUUGACGAAUCUUUAGCACUUGGUUUCUUGAUGAAUACGAAAGGCCUUGUGGAGCUCAUUGUCCUCAACAUUGGUAAAGACAGAGGAGUUUUGAAUGAUCAAGUCUUUGCUAUAAUGGUUCUAAUGGCGAUUUUCACCACGUUCAUGACGACUCCUCUAGUUCUAGCAGUGUACAAACCGGGUAAAUCCUUAACCAAAGGCGAUUACAAGAACCGAACGGUCGAGAAAACCAACCAGUCCAACAAACCGCUCCGUCUCAUGUUCUGUUUUCAAAGCAUAAUGAACAUUCCCACGAUCGUCAACCUCAUCGAAGCAUCCCGAGGCACGAACCGUAAAGAAAAUCUAUCGGUCUACGCAAUGCAUCUCAUGGAGCUUUCGGAAAGAUCAUCAGCUAUACUAAUGGCCCACAAGGUUAGAAAGAACGGUCUUCCUUUCUGGAACAAAGACAAAACCGGGACUGAUUCUUCUCCGGACAUGGUCGUGGUCGCAUUCGAGGCUUUCCGGCGACUCAGUCGUGUCUCAGUGCGUCCCAUGACGGCUAUCUCAGCCAUUGCGACUAUACAUGAAGAUAUAUGCCAAAGCGCAGAACGCAAACGCACGGCUAUGGUAAUUCUUCCGUUUCACAAGCACGUUAGGCUGGACAGGACGUGGGAGACGACUCGGAACGAAUACCGUUGGAUUAACAAGAAGGUUAUGGAGGAAUCUCCAUGCUCGGUAGCGAUUCUGGUUGAUCGUGGGCUUGGUGGCGCGACACGAGUAGCCUCUAGUGAUUUCACGUUGGUUAUAACGGUUCUGUUUUUCGGAGGGAAUGAUGAUCGUGAGGCAUUAGCGUUUGCGGUGCGGAUGGCUGAACAUCCUGGGAUAAGCUUAACCGUUGUUCGGUUUAUUCCUAGCGAGGAAUUUAAACCGGACAAUGUGAAGCUCGAGAUAACCGAAGAUCAUGUCAGUUUAGGUUCAGGGGAAACCAAAUUGACUGAUAUAGAAGCUAUAACCGAACUUAAAGCAAAGAUAAAGGAACAAGAGAGUUCUAUAUCUAAUUCGGAUUCCAAUUCUCGGAUCAAUUUCGAAGAGAAAAUCGUGAAAUGUUACGAGGAGGUUAUUGAAGGUAUCAAAGAAUAUUCUAGAAGCAAUCUUUUCUUGGUGGGGAAGUCACCGGACGGUUCGGUGGCAUCGGCGUUAGACGCGAUAAGAAGCGACACGCCUGAGCUCGGACCUAUUGGGAAUUUGUUAACGUCAAUCGAAAGUGUUUCGACGUCGGCGUCGGUGUUGGUGGUUCAACAGUACAUAGCAAACCGUGAUCCUCCUGUGGUCGGAGUUUCGAAGAACAUUACUAUGGAAGUGUCGCCGGUUGAGGAUUCCGAGAGUUCUUAG